CAGCCAUGCUGAGUACAGUGUGUUAGCAAAAGAGUCUUUCUCCAGUGGUUCCCAUUACUGGGAGACAGUGGUCUGGGAUAAACCCUACUGGUUAAUUGGUCUAUCAUACACCCAGUCAGUGAAAUGCAGAUGUGAAUGAAGGUUAACAGCAGUGUGAGUGAGAAGUGAACAGUGUAUUAUAGAAGAUGAGGAUUACACACACGUUACUCUGUGCUGCUCACUUCAGGACUGUGUUUGAUUUCGGACAGAGAGAAGUGGCUCACUGGUUUCCUGGCCACAUGGCUAAAGGACUCAAGCAAAUGAGAGCCAGCCUGAGGAAGGUUGACUGCAUUAUUGAAAUCCAUGAUGCCAGAAUGCCAUUUUCUGGAAGAAACCCUCUGUUUCAGGAGAGCCUUGAUGUCCGACCCCAUUUACUUGUACUGAAUAAAAUGGACCUGGCAGACACAUCAGACAAACGGAGAAUCCUGAAAGAGCUGGAGAGAGAUGGAGUUAAAAACAUCCUGUUCACAGACUGUCUGAAACAAAGAGAUGCGAGUAUUAAAAAGGUCGUCCCUCUUGUUACAGAGAUAAUAGAGAAUGCGCCUCGGUUUCACAGAGAGGAGGACAGAAGCUACUGCAUAAUGGUGAUUGGAGUGCCAAAUGUUGGGAAAUCCUCAUUGAUUAAUGCUUUAAGAAGAACAAACCUGAAAAAAGGCAAAGCUUCGAGGGUUGGAGGAGAACCAGGAAUAACCAAAGCUGUCUUGACUAAAAUUCAGGUUUGUGAAAGACCCAUCAUACACUUACUCGACACACCUGGAGUGCUGCCACCAAAGAUUGAGAGUGUAGAGACGGGGAUGAAACUUGCUCUGUGUGGGACUAUACUGGAUCACUUGGUUGGUGAAGAAAUCAUAUCAGAUUAUCUGCUUUUUUCACUCAAUAGAUUACAGCAGUUUGGCUAUGUGGAGAAGUAUGACUUGGAAGCACCUUCUGAUGAUAUUCAACAUGUGCUGAAGUGUAUCGCUGUCAAGUUGGGCAAGACACAGCGAGUGAAAGCGAUAACAGGAGUAGGUGACAUUACCAUCAGAAUGCCAAACUACAGUGCUGCAGCGUAUGACUUCAUCAGAGCCUUUCGUAAAGGAGAGCUGGGCAAAGUCAUGCUGGACUGAUCAAAGAGGAAACUGAGCAUUUCUGCUAACAAGGGCUUUGUGAUAUUCAUGUAAACCAUGGUAGGAUUGAUCCUGUAUUUAUAUGUAAAGUAAAUUCUAUUGCACAGAAAUGCAUUAGUGAAGAUGUGUACACUGUCAUUUUCAGACAAUAAAAAAAACAUUAUUUACAUUUUA